GGUAAUUUGAAUGAACUUCAACCCGUACAUGGUGAGGAUCGACAAUAUUCGUGUGAUGAGUGUGGUGAAUCAUUCAGUCAGCAGAAUAAUCUGAAGAGGCAUCAGCGCAUACAUAGUGGGGAGAAGCCGUUUUGUUGUGAUGUAUGUAAUAAGUCAUUCAGUCGGUGGAGCCAUCAGAAGAAACAUGAGCAUAUACAUAGUGGGGAGAAGCCGUUUUGUUGUGAUGUAUGUAAUAAGUCAUUCAGUCGGUGGACCCAUCAGAAGAAACAUGAGCAUAUACAUAGUGGGGAGAAGCCGUUUUGUUGUGAUGUAUGUAAUAAGUCAUUCAGUCGGUGGAGCCAUCAGAAGAAACAUGAGCAUAUACAUAGUGGGGAGAAGCCGUUUUGUUGUGAUGUAUGUAAUAAGUCAUUCAGUCGGUGGACCCAUCAGAAGAAACAUGAGCAUAUACAUAGUGGGGAGAAGCCGUUUUGUUGUGAUGUAUGUAAUAAGUCAUUCAGUCGGUGGAGCCAUCAGAAGAAACAUGAGCAUAUACAUAGUGGGGAGAAGCCGUUUUGUUGUGAUGUAUGUAAUAAGUCAUUCAGUCGGUGGACCCAUCAGAAGAAACAUGAGCAUAUACAUAGUGGGGAGAAGCCGUUUUGUUGUGAUGUAUGUAAUAAGUCAUUCAGUCGGUGGAGCCAUCAGAAGAAACAUGAGCAUAUACAUAGUGGGGAGAAGCCGUUUUGUUGUGAUGUAUGUAAUAAGUCAUUCAGUCGGUGGACCCAUCAGAAGAAACAUGAGCAUAUACAUAGUGGGGAGAAGCCGUUUUGUUGUGAUGUAUGUAAUAAGUCAUUCAGUCGGUGGAGCCAUCAGAAGAAACAUGAGCAUAUACAUAGUGGGGAGAAGCCGUUUUGUUGUGAUGUAUGUAAUAAGUCAUUCAGUCGGUGGACCCAUCAGAAGAAACAUGAGCAUAUACAUAGUGGGGAGAAGCCGUUUUGUUGUGAUGUAUGUAAUAAGUCAUUCAGUCGGUGGAGCCAUCAGAAGAAACAUGAGCAUAUACAUAGUGGGGAGAAGCCGUUUUGUUGUGAUGUAUGUAAUAAGUCAUUCAGUCGGUGGACCCAUCAGAAGAAACAUGAGCAUAUACAUAGUGGGGAGAAGCCGUUUUGUUGUGAUGUAUGUAAAAAGUCAUUCAGUCAGAAGAAUGAUCUGAAGAGGCAUCAGUGCAUACAUAGUGGGGAGAAGGCAUUUUGUUGUGAUGUAUGUAAAAAGUCAUUCAGUCGAUGUACCAUACAUUCAUCCCUCAAUAACUUUGCAUCAGCAGAGCUCCUCAUGUGUCACCACAUGUUGGCUGUCUCUGCAUCACCAGAACAGAUCGUGCCCCAUGGUCCUGGAAUGUGUGUUCCAUUUUGUCUCUUCACCAUAUAA